GUUGCAGUGCGGUAGACGCCAUCGUUCUCGGCUAUCGCUCCGGCACUGUGUAACUAUCGUUCGUCGGGGCAACACAAGCUCUGCGGCGGUCAGUUCCCGAGUGCGUCUUCGCCCAUUCAGUUUCUUUAUUUGUGGCCUCUUCUUAUUUCUUCUGAUCUCACUCUAACAAAUAAUGAACCGUGAUAAAGACUUCAGUAAGAACAAAACCGAAAAUCCAGUCCAGAAUGCUUCGUUUCUCUCGCGACGGACCUUCUGGUGGUUGAAAGAUAUCUUCCGUGCGGGUCACCGGAAGGAGAUCACCGAGGAUUUGCUGUACGAGACACUUCCCGAGCAUCGCAGUCAUCAGCUUUCCGAUCGAUUCGAUCAGUUAUGGGCUGACGAACUACAGAGGCCGCAGCCAAGGUUGUGGCGUGCGUUACUACGUGGAUAUGGUAAAGCUCUACUAUUGUGGGGUUUGUUGUUUUCGUUCCUGGAAACAGCGAACCGAGUGGCACAGCCUCUCUUCCUCGGUGGACUGGUGUCGUAUUUUUCACCAAACCAGACCGAAAUCAGUGAGCGUGAUGCAUACGGUUAUGCAGCUGGUGUUAUCGUUUGUGCAUUGAUCCCAGUCGUCACAUUCCAUCCAUUCAUAUUGUACAUCUUCCAAAUCGGAAUGAAGCUACGUAUCGGCUGUUCCUGCCUUAUCUACAACAAGUCACUGAAGCUUACGAAGUCAACGACCGCCAGUGAAGGACUGAACGGAAAGAUUUUGAAUUUACUUACCAAUGACGUCAGUAAGUUUGAUAUUGCACUCGCAUUCAUCCAUGACUUAUGGAAGGGUCCGAUGGAGUCCCUUCUACUCGGAUAUUUCAUUUACAUGGAACUUGACUUUGCGGGUCUGUUAGGAAUGGCCUUCCUGCUUAGCUUUAUACCGCUUCAAGCUUGGAUCGGCAAGAAGACAGCCACCUACCGGAUGCGAGCAGCCAAGCGGACGGAUCUUCGAGUUCGCUUCAUGAACGAAAUCAUCCAGGGUAUUCAGGUGAUCAAAAUGUACACCUGGGAGAACUCGUUUGCCAAGAUGGUGGAAAAAGUACGGCGGAAGGAGGUCAAUGCUAUACGUGGAGGUGCUUUUGUGAGGGCCACGCUCAUCUCGUUCUUUGUUGUGUCACGAGUCUCAAUCUUCCUUAGCCUGUUGGCGUACACCUACACAGGGAAUGUGAUCACUGCCCGUAAAGUGUUCAUUGUGACGAGCUAUUACAGUAUUUUGAAUGAUUCAAUGGUGCAUUUUUGGCCAAUGGCAAUUACGUUUUGCUCGGAGGCAUUUAUUUCUGUGUUACGAAUUCAAGAGUUCCUGCUAACUCCUGAGGGAAAACCGAAGUUGGUUCAGGAAGCCUCAGAGAAUCGCAAAGCUAAGGAAAGUGUUUUAAUUGACGAUGAGGAAAAGAGAAAGGCGAAGAGCAAAGGAAGGGUUUCAAAUGGGGCGGUGAAUGAGGAAGAAGUGGAGACGCUGCUGCCGUCGAAACGAGUCGUGAAUCUAGACAGUGAUAAGAAAAGCAUAGUGAUCGAAGAUGUGACGGCACGAUGGGUUGUAAGUGAGGAUGAAUCAAACGUGGGAGUGACGUCCUUCAGUACGACUGUGGAGAGUGGGCGUCUAUGUGUUGUGAUAGGACCAGUGGGUUCAGGAAAAUCCACGCUGUUGCAGGUGAUCUUAGGGGAACUUGAAGUAGACCAAGGAACAGUACAAAUUAAUGGAUCGAUAAGCUAUGCUUCGCAAGAACCUUGGUUGUUUGAGAGUAGUGUUAGGAAUAACAUUCUGUUUGUGGAGGAGUACGAUGAGCAACGGUACUUACAAGUGGUUCGAAUAUGUGCAUUAGAACGAGACUUCCAGCUAUUCCCACAUGGAGAUCAAACGAUUGUAGGCGAACGUGGAAUCAGUUUAAGUGGAGGACAGAAAGCCAGAGUCAACUUGGCUCGAGCGAUUUACAAAAAGAGUGAUAUCUACAUUUUGGAUGAUCCACUUUCGGCGGUUGAUAGUCACGUUGGAAAGCACAUCUAUGAGAUGUGCAUCAGAGAGUUCCUGGCGGAUAAAGUAUGUAUUUUGGUGACGCAUCAGUUGCAGUAUCUAAACGAUGUUCAGCAUAUUAUUCUGAUGGAUGGGGGUCAGAUGGAGGCUGAAGGUCCAUACAGGGAGAUCAAGAAAACAAUGAUGGACUCAAUUUUGGCCUUGACUCCGGAAGAAUCACCAGACGAAAACGUAUUCGACUUUCAGAAGUUUACCGCUCACACAGAACCAACAAACUUGGACCAAGAGAAACAAAUUGAAGAAAAAGAAUCUCAGGGCGAAGGGUCCGUGGACUUUUCCGUCUAUAAAACCUACAUAUCCGCUAUCAACAGCUGGGUUUGGAUAUUUUUCAUUUCAGUUCUAAUUCUGCUGGCGCAGAUAGCCAUCAGCAGCGUUGAUUAUUUCGUAGCCCAAUGGGUAAACUGGGAAGAGUCUCUUGGUAACGUCAAUAUGAGCGUUAUCGUCAAAUCAGAGAACCAAACUGUCGAAGACAUACCGGACACCAACAUUCUGGACUCUCAACAAAUGGGAACAAACAACGAUGACGAACGACUGCAGUACAUCAUUACAUAUACCAUCCUGAUUGGUGUCUUCAUAUGUCUGAUUCUGCAGCGUACAUUCUCAUUCUUUUACGUAUGCCUUCGAAUCUCGAUGAAUCUCCACGAUCGAAUGUUCCGCGGGUUAACCCGAGCCACGAUGCAUUUCUUCAACAAUAACCCUUCUGGGCGAAUUCUGAACCGUUUUUCCAAAGAUAUUGGAGCGAUCGACACUUCUCUUCCAAUGUCCCUGCACGAUUGCUUAGUGUUCUUCUUGGAGAUGAUAUCCGUCGUGGCGUUGGUGUCUAUCGUCAACUAUUGGUUCCUUGCACCGACCGUGGUGAUCGCCGCAAUCAUGUUCCUACUUCGCAAAGCGUACCUGGACACGUCCCGUGUUGUGAAACGAAUCGAAUCGGUAAAACGAUCGCCCAUCUUUUCCCAUCUGAACGCCACCCUUCAAGGGCUGUCUACAAUUAGGGCGUUCCGCGCACAAGGAACGUUGAGUCGGGAGUUCAACAACCACAUGGAUGAGAACACUUCCGCGUGGUUCAUAUUCAUAACGACCACACGAGCGUUUGCUCUGUGGUUGGAUUUUGUAUGCGUAAUCUACAUAGCUGUGGUAACGUUGAGCUUCCUAGUGGCCGGAAAAAAUACCCUGGGCGGAAGCGUGGGCUUAGCCAUUACUCAGACCAUUAGUUUGAUCGGCAUGUGCCAGUGGGGCAUGCGACAAUCGGCGGAGCUCGAGAACGAGAUGGUCUCCGUUGAGAGGGUCAAUGAGUAUACGAAUUUGCCUUCGGAGCCACCACUGGAUACGGCUCCCAAAUAUCGCCCGCAAAGUAACUGGCCUGAGCAUGGGGUGGUCAAGUUUAACAACGUGGAUCUUCGCUAUUCGGAUGGCGGGGAUAAAGUGCUGAAGGAUUUGAGUUUUUCUAUUCGAUCGAAUGAGAAGAUUGGAAUCGUUGGUCGAACGGGUGCAGGAAAGUCUUCGUUGAUCCAGGCAUUAUUUAGGUUGGCUCCCUAUGAUGGAACUAUCGAGAUUGAUGACAUUGAUACUAAGACAUUGGGACUGCGGGAUUUGCGAAGCAAGAUAUCGAUCAUACCACAGGAUCCGAUCUUAUUCUCUGGAACUUUGAGGAGUAAUCUGGAUCCGUUCGAGGAGAAAGGCGAUGCGGAACUGUGGAGUGCUUUGGAUCAGGUGGAACUAAAGGAGGCCGUUUCCUCGUUGGCCGGUGGACUCGAAUGCAAAAUGUCUGAUGGAGGAAGCAAUUUCAGUAUGGGCCAGCGACAGCUAGUUUGUCUGGCUCGUGCAAUUCUGCGAAGCAAUAAGAUUCUGGUACUUGAUGAGGCCACUGCAAACGUUGAUCCAGAAACUGAUAAACUUAUUCAGACAACAAUUCGCACAAAGUUUGCCGACUGUACAGUAUUAACGAUCGCCCAUCGGCUGCAUACGGUCAUGGAUAGCGAUCGAGUGCUAGUGAUGGAUGCCGGACGGGUAGUGGAAUUCGGUCAUCCGCACGAUCUUCUACAUGGCCCCAGUGGGUACCUUCGCAGAUUGGUGGACCAAACUGGCGUAGCGAAUGCGGCCUUACUUAUCCGGAUAGCCGACGAGAACUAUCGGAAGCUUAAGGAAUGAUAGCAAAAAUGCUAGGGCAAUUCUUAAUUAUCAAUAUGAAAAAAAAGGUCUCAAAUGAUUGCAAAGUGACUUAGUGCUCGAACGAGACAACACUAGAAACAAAUGUUCUUAAUAACGUUUCUAUAAUGAUAUUCCACAAAAGAGAUUUGCUAGGAAAUAAUAUUUCUACUAAAGUCCGUGGAGCGCAUUUUUACGUAGCAUAUACAGACUAGAGUUGUGUAGUUCCAUAUCAAAUGGAAGGCAAUAAAUGGUAGCAAUUUUUUUUAGCCAUCUUCACAAGAA